AUGGUGAGGAAAGACACCAAGGGAUUUGGAUAUUCUUCCGUGUAUAAUGUACCAGAUGGAACAGGGUGGUGUAUCACUGCUUAUUGUGAUGCAGUGUGCAGCGUCCGUAUAACUAGAGAACCUUGCCAUUCAACUGCUCCCCCUUCAACAACAAAACCUACUACUACUACGAGUAUUACCACCACAACUACUGCUACAAGUACUCCACCUUCUACAACAAGACCUACUACCACUAGGAGCAUUACUAAUACUACAGCUACUUCAAAUACUCCACCUUCUACAACAAAAUUUAUGACUACUAGGAAUAUAACUUCUACAACUGUUACAAGUACUCCACCUUCUACAACAAAACCUACUACUAUGAGCAUUACUACUACAACUACUGCUACUUCAAGCACUCCACCUUCUACAACAAAAUCUACGACUACUAGGAAUAUAACGACGUCAACUGCUAUUACAAGUACUCCACCUUCUACAAUGAAACCUACCACUACUAAGAGUAUUACUACUACAAUUACUGCUACUUCAAGUACUCCACCUUCUACAACAAAAUCUACCACUACUAGGAAUAUAACGACUACCACUGCUACUUCAAGUACUCCACCUUCUACAACAAAACCUUCCACUACUAGGAGUAUUACUACUACUACUGUUACUCCAAGUAUUCCACCUUCAACAACAAAACCUACUACUAUGAGCAUUACUACUACAACUACUGCUACUUCAAGCACUCCACCUUCUACAACAAAAUCUACCACUACAAGGAAUAUAACGACUUCAACUGCUAUUACAAGAAUAUAA